CCGGUGGGAGCGCGGCUGGCGAGGCCGCGGCGCCAGGCCCCGGGUACACGUGUACAGAAAUUCCAGCCGUGCCGGGGCUGGGCAGGCGUCCCGUCCCGCGGGAGGGGGCGGCGGGGCUGGCCCCACCUCUCCGCCUUCCCCCCGCCGAGCCUUUCCGCCGGCAGCAGCGUCCCAGCGCCAUGGCCCCCGGCAGCCUCGUCCUCCUGCUGAGCAUCCUGGGGACCCCAGGGCUGGCUGACCCCGGCCCCUUGGAAGACGUGGUGAUAGACAGAUACUAUAUCCCCAAAAUCUGCCUGCGGGAAGUCCAGAUGGGGGAUUUCAUUCGCUACCACUACAAUGGGACCUUUAAAGAUGGCAAAAAGUUUGACUCCAGCUAUGACCGAGGGGCCACGGUGGCCGGCGUGGUGGGCGUCGGGCGGCUGAUCACCGGCAUGGACCGGGGGCUGCAGGGCAUGUGCGUGAACGAGCGGCGACACCUCAUCGUGCCCCCCCACCUGGGCUACGGCAGCAUCGGUGUGGCGGGGCUGAUCCCCCCGGAUGCCACCUUGUACUUCGACGUGGUCAUGCUGGACAUCUGGAACAAGAACGACAAGCUGCAGAUCACCACCCUGUCCAAACCGGAGCGCUGCAACCGCACGGUGGAGAACUCGGACUUUGUGCGGUACCACUACAAUGGCACGCUGCUGGAUGGCACCCCCUUCGACUCCAGUUACAGCAAGAACGGCACCUACGACACCUAUGUGGGCACGGGCUGGCUGAUCAAGGGCAUGGACCAGGGGCUGCUGGGCAUGUGCGCUGGGGAGAAGAGGAGCAUCAUCAUCCCCCCAUUCCUGGCCUACGGGGAGAAGGGCUACGGGACCGUGAUCCCACCACAGGCAUCGCUGGUGUUCAGCGUGCUGCUGGUGGACUUCCACAACCCCAAGGACGGCGUCUUCCUGGAGCACCUGGAGGUGCCGGAGUCCUGCAAGCGCAGGGCUGUGACCGGGGACUUUGUCCGCUACCACUACAAUGGCACGUUGAUGGACGGGACGCUCUUCGACUCCAGCUACUCUCGCAAUCACACCUACAACACCUACAUCGGGAAGGGCUACAUCAUCCCCGGCAUGGACCAGGGCCUGCAAGGGGUCUGCGUGGGAGAGAGGCGGCGGGUGGUUGUUCCCCCACACCUGGCCUACGGGGAGAACGGAGCAGGGGACAAAAUUCCCGGCUCAGCCGUGCUCAUCUUUGACGUUCACAUCAUCGACUUCCACAACCCAGAGGACCCGGUGGAGAUAGAGACCGUGUACCGACCCGAGGGCUGCAACGUCACCACCCGCGACAGAGACUUCGUCCGCUACCACUACAACUGCUCCUUGCUGGACGGCACCAAGCUCUUCUCCUCCCACGACUACGAGAAGCCCCAGGAGGUGACUCUGGGGACCAACAAGGUGAUCGAAGGCCUGAACAGGGGUCUCCUCAACAUGUGUGUGGGAGAGAGGCGGGUGCUCAUCAUCCCCCCGCACCUGGGCCACGGGGAGAGCGGAGCCCGGGGGGUGCCAGGCAGCGCUGUGCUCCGCUUCGAGGUGGAGCUGAUCUCCAUGGAGGAGGGUGUUCCCGAGGGCUACCUCUUCAUCUGGCACGGGGAGCCACCGGCAAACCUCUAUGAGCAAAUGGACCUGAACAAGGAUGGGGAGAUCCCCGCCGAUGAGUUCUCCACCUUCAUCAAGAGCCAGGUGGCGGAAGGGAAAGGCCGUCUCAUGCCCAGCUCCGACCCGGAGAAAGUCAUCGCUGACAUGUUCAAGAACCAGGACCGCAACCAGGAUGGGAAGAUCACCUCGGAGGAGCUGAAGCUGAAGUCAGACGAGGACCAGGAGAAGAUCCACGAGGAGCUCUGAGGAGCAGACCCCACUGUCCCCUGGAGACAGGACUUGUCCCGGCCGUGCCAUGGCUGAUCUCCCCACCGGCUCCCCGGGAACCUGCCCUGGCUCUCCCCAGCUCUGGGGGGGUGUCAUAUUUUGAUUCCUUUUCCCCCCCUUAUUAUUUAACUGAGGGUUUUUGAUGUGUUCCUCCUGGGCAGGAAAACUCGCCAACCCCCAGCUAAUAAACCCAGGCAAGAAGGUAGGAAACACCCACGCUCUUGGGAGCCCUGAUACCCCAUGGGGAUGGCAGUGCCCGUGUUCCCACUCCCUCCCCAUCCCGCUGUGCUCCCCGGCUCUGCAGGCGACACCUCUGCCAUGGAACAGGACCAAGGAUGCUGGGGCAGACCCCAGAGCCCUGUCCUGUGUCCCCCGCCACCAAAACCCGCUUGGCCUCCCUGCUCUCACUCCCCACGGAAAGGCUGGGGCAGCGAUGUCCCCUCUCCGGACCCCUUUGUCCCCAGCCAGCGACUGCACGUCCACUCCUACCACAGCAUUUUGUAGUUUAGGGUUGGGAUUUUUUAAUGUGAGUAUUUUUAUAUACACGUAUAAAAUUCUUUAGAAAUCAAGAGAAAGCUUUUGGGAUGGUCUCUGCUGCCACCCUCCCUGGGACAAGAGGCUGGAGGGGGCUCAGGUUAUCGGGGUGAAGCCCCGAUACCCCACAGGCAUCUGCUGUUCCAGAAGGUCUGGGCUCCCAUUAAACAGCAGGGAUGGGACCCACCAAACCCCUUGGCAGCUGGGAGAAGGCAAACAGAAAACCUCUCCCACCCAGGCCCUCAGGAAGCAGCAUCGUCCCCAUCCGCAUCCUCCCCACCCUCAGUGACUGAGAAAAAUCAGCCCGAUUUUAUUUUGAUGCCUAAAUGCAGCUCGUUAACUCAGCGCCCUCAGGUCUUCCAGUUGUGCCCAGCACGGCUCCAACACCUCCACCAGCCAUAAAAGCUUUUGCACAGCGUCUCGCAGACAGAGAGAAAAGAAACGCAAGAACAGAACAGCGCCAAGGGUCAGGGCGAAGCCCUCAAACGACAACCUCUACCUUGCACCAAAUAAAUAAUUUCUACUGGUUUCCAAGGA